CGGUGAGAUCAAAUUGCCCAUCUCUCUCUCUGUGGGCAAAGAUAAGGCAAGUACAAGAUUUAAAGCCCGACUUGUAAACCUUCCAACACAAACAAAGGUAAUACCAGCUUUCCUCCAGGGGCUUUCCUUUUCACUAAGAAAUGAGUGAGCAGUCAGUGACCUUUGUGGACCUCAGAUUUCAUACACCUGCAGAGCAGAAGAGAAAACAAAGACCAAAGCACACCAGGGUCAUAGAAACCAGUGAGCAGGAAAUAACCUACUCUGAUCUGAAGUUUCACGCUCCUUCAAAGCAGCAGAGGCAGCAAAGACCUACAAGUGCAGAGAGCAAAGAGUCUCCUUCUCCAUCUUCACCAUGGCUCAUUACAGUGAUUCUGGGGCUCCUCUGCCUGGCUUUGCUAGUAACUGCAGGGGUUUUGGGUGCCAAGUUUCUCCAGGCUUCCCAUCAAGUGAGAAGACAGAAUGAGGAACUUAUCCAGAAACAGGCUAUUCUGAAAAACUUCACUCAAUUGCAGGAAACUCUGACAAACUGCAUGCAGCAAAGAGACGAUCUCCAAGCCAAUAACACAGAACUCUCAAAUGUUCUGAAUAAGAAAGUAGAUAAAUGCAGCUCUUGCCCUGAGGGCUGGAUACAGCAUAGAGGGAAGUGUUACCAUUUUACUAAUGAAAGGAGCUCCUGGCAGAAGAGUAAAAAAUACUGCUCGUCUCAUGGGUCUAGACUGCUGAGGAUAGAGAACAAGGAAGAACUGGAUUUCAUAAACAGACAGGCGUGUUUUCACUGGAUUGGACUAUUCCGUAAGGGAGCUGCUACAGACUGGAUGUGGGAGGAUGGCACAGCUCAUUCCACUGACCUGUUCCAAGUAAAGAAGCAAGAGCCUGGAGAGUCCUGUGUACUUCUGAAUGCAGGAGAAGCCACCUCCUAUAACUGUACACAACAAUAUCGCUGUAUUUGUGAGAAGAGAGCUGCUUAGCUGAAGCCUGCUGAACAACACGGGAGGAUCACAGCAUCCAUGAGACACAUACCCUGGGAUGUUCCAAAGACAAAGAGAAAUCACAACCCCUUCAAUUUGCUGUGUUACCCUUCAGACUGAGGGGCUGCAGUUUCAGGUGAUAAAACAAACAGCAGACUGUCAAGAAGCAGGGCAGACACCCCAAACUGGAAUCUUCUCCAGCCAACCAGCCCACUCCCACCAUACUGAAUGACUGUCAUUCCCAUCUGGGUUGAUAAGAGUUGAUUUCAGAUGCCAUUAGUGUAAAUAUUAAUAAAUACUUUGUAAAAAAUAUAGUGUUGUUUGUGCACGGGGUGUUUUACGGAAAAAUACAAUUUGCCCCAAAGAACUUAUAGUAUAAAAUCAAACAAAAUACAAUAAAUGAGGCUCAUACAGAGACAAAAGAGGAAUGGGAGAGGAAGACAAGCAUUCAUAAUAGUGACAAUCACCAUCUUGGUGCCUGGGGAUUGAGCUGGGGAUGUCUAGAGCUAAAAGCCUGAGUCAGGAAAAUAACUCCCUAGCUGGCAGCUAUAACAGACUCACAUGCUCUGUGGGUGGGGCACACAGGGGUAUGUGUCACUCACACUCAGCAGUGGGUUACAUACUUUCCCUGAAUGG